AUUCCCGGGACUCAGCAGCACUGACGGCGAACCCCUCGCGGGUGCGUAAUGCCUCAGCCCGGUCGUUGCCUCAGUCCUCGCGGACGGUGCGCCGGGCUGCGGCCAAUUUGGAAGGCACCAGUCACCUAGCGAUGCCGCGGGGCGGGGCCACGGUCUAUCCUGGCUCGGCGGACACAUCCGUUUCCGGGGCCGCAGCCAUCACACAGCGCGGCUCUGUUCGCCCUCCGGGCGACACACGUCCUCAGACUCUGAAAGCUGCGCUUCAGUGUCCGUCGCUCUCGCUCUGCUCUCCGCCUACUGAGUCGACCAUGCUGGAACAUCUGAGCUCGCUGCCCACACAGAUGGAUUAUAAGGGCCAGAAGCUAGCUGAACAGAUGUUUCAGGGAAUUAUUCUUUUUUCUGCAAUAGUUGGAUUUAUCUACGGGUACGUGGCUGAACAGUUCGGAUGGACGGUCUAUAUAGUUAUGGCCGGAUUUGCUUUUUCCUGUUUGCUGACACUUCCUCCAUGGCCCAUCUAUCGCCGACAUCCCCUCAAGUGGUUACCUGUUCAAGACUCAUGCACAGAAGACAAGAAACCAGGGGACAGAAAAAUUAAGAGGCAUGCUAAAAAUAACUGAUUUGGGUUCUCAUGACUUACCGCCUGCUUUUGUUCCAGUUGCUUUCAUAUGCAAACAUGAGCUGAAAUCACCUAUGCUCUUACAGCACAGAUGGGUGUAAAUUUAGUUGUCAUUUAUAUUUCACUUCUAACCCAGUUGUGUUUUGGUUUAUAAAUAUUUUAGACCUUAUCUUAUUCUGAAAUGGAGAACAGAAAACAAAAGUAUGCAGUGUUUCUUUCAGGUAUGCAUAAAUAAUGAAUAAAUGCCUCAUAAAAGUA